GAUGCAGGUUGAUUGACUUGAGCGAAGUAGGCCUAGCGUAGAUUUGAAUGAAGUUGUAAGAUAAAACAAGAAUCUUGUGACACUUGUCAGUCGCUCACGAAAUUCACUCGCGCUAGUACGUGACGGAGCUUACUUCACAGUCAGUCACACCUCACGUGUGUAUGUGUGUGUGUGUGCGUGUUUGUGUGUGUGUGGCGCAGUGUGUUGUGUUCAGUGUUCUAAAUUUGGACUUCCUGUAACAUUUCCGAGGAAAAGGGCCGACCUCGGUCGUCGGCUGUUUCGAUCGAAGUUUGAUUUUCCGUUGCCUGUGUCACAAGAAAUAUUCUCAUUUUCACAGAAAGUAGAACGCUUUCUGAUACUUGCACUUGUUGCCGCUAGAUCUAGUCAGCCAUCGCCCUCUGUAGACUUAGGUGAUGAACGAAUGGAAAGAAUGACUAAUGGGAAAAUGCAGUAAGACUUGAUCGUCGUCAAAAUGAGCUCUCUUGUUUUAUUGUUCUAGAAUCUAGUUUCAAGUUCAGGAGGAGUAAAGACAACAGAUUCGACCACAGCGCUAUGGAUAUGCAAGGGAGUCCAAUAGUCAUAGAUGUGCACUCGGACGAAGAUGAAGAUGAUGAUGAUGUCGUGUUGGUGAAAGAGGAAAAGGUCUCGCCGUCGAAGCAGCAGGUGGAUGAAAAAGACGAGGAUGUGAUCUUUGUCUCGGAGGUGCCCGCAAGGUCGCAGCGAGGGGCCAAACGCGGGGCGGAUAAUCGCCCUGCUGGGAGACAGCCUGGACAUGGUGGUCAGCGAAACAACAACAACAGCAACAACAACGACACCAACAGCGAUGAGGAGGAGGACCUGUUCCCCCUGCCCACGCUCCCCACCCUCCUGUGCUACCCGCCGGGCUGCGCCCCCAUCAACGUAGUGGAAGACAUCCUGCGACCUCUUGACCUCUCUCAGGCCGCCCUGCUCGAAGGUCAUGACCCUGAAGAGGAGGCAGAGCAUCAUCCGGAUUCUGCGCCGGAGAACGGGGUCCCAGCAUGCACCUCCUCCGCGGCUCUUGUCUCGUUGGCAAACGCUCAGGAUUCCAAGCCAUCGGUGCUCUCCGCUGAGCAGAACGUAACCGCCGACUCUUUUACCGACUCGAUUUCUUCUCAAGGCGUGAACGUGAGUGUGGCUUCUCUUCUUCACGCAGCAAACAGCGCAAAUAGCUGUUCUGAUAAUGAUUCGAUGCAGUUGGAUUCGAUACCUCACUCAGCAAACAGCGCAAACAGCCAAUCUGAUAAUGACGCGAUGCAGUUGGAUUCUAUACCUCACGCACCAAACAGUGCAAACAGCCAUUCUGAUAAUGACGCGAUGCAGUUGGAUUCUAUACCUCACGCACCAAACAGUGCAAACAGCCAUUCUGAUAAUGACGCGAUGCAGUUGGAUUCUAUACCUCACGCACCAAACAGCGCAAACAGCCAUUCUGAUAAUGACGCGAUGCAGUUGGAUUCUAUUCCAAACGGUGCAAACAGCCAAUCUGAUAAUGAUUCGAUGCAGUUGGGGUCUAUACCUCACGCACCAAACAGCGCAAACUGCCAAUCUGAUAAAGACUCGAUGCAGUUGGAUUCUAUACCUCACGCUGCGAACAUCGCAAAUAGCUGUUCUGAUAAUGAUUCAAUGCAGUUGGAUUCAAUACCUUACACAGCAAAAGGCACAAACAGCCAAUCUGAUAAUGACGCGAUGCAGUUGGAUUCUAUACCUCACGCAGCAAACAGCUGUUCUGAUAAUAACACGGUACGGUUGGAGCCAACAGCUUUCUCAUCUGCACAGGACGUGCCAAACAACAGCUCAGGAAGACAGAGUCGUGACCUGGCGGCGUCUACUGACGCAACUGUUGGCACGGUGACCAUGCACGAAGUCUCCACAGUGGCGGGUCUGACUUUUGAUGCCACGCCACGUACCACUGCUGUGUCAUGUGCCACUGCCGCGCCAGACUCCGAAUCUGUUGCCGCUGAUGUCGUGUCAAAAGAUUCUUCCUCCUCCGCAAAAAGUGACCUCAGGGAAGAAAAUCCCCUCCCAGUUCCCUCCCCUGCUCCGACACACUUCUCUAAUAAUAACUCAUCGGGAUCUACCGCUUGCCUUUCAGUACCAAACUUGUCGUCCGACAGUUCGAGUGAACACAAACUGGACGAUUUAGGACUCUCUGGGGACGAAGUGAAGAAUUUGAUCAAGUUUUUGCCUUCCCUCCUCUCGGAGAACGCCCUGAACAAAACGACUUGUCCGCCUGUGAGUGGCGCUACGGCGUGUGAUAAAUCAGACAGCGGGCUUUCUGUGAAUGUUACAACUUCUGUGAUUCCAACGAGUGAAGACCAAGGGGGAGUGGCCAUUCCUCAAUCUCCAAGCCUCCUCCAAGGAGGAAGUGCCACCGGUCGCCUCCUUCCCUCGGAUGAAGGGGAGAAAACCGCAGCUCCUGGAUCGUCCUGGGAUGAAAUGGACGCGAGCGAUCGACCCACGGCUCAGGAUAUGAUGUGUCCCAGCCCACCAAAAAAAUCGUGUCGCAGUUUACGUUUACGGCAGAGCCAUGGUGACGAAUACGCAGCCGCACCCACAAGUGGCCAGCGGUCAGAAAAGAGCGGUGUGGAGAUGGGCAAACUGGGGGCGGCAAGUGUUGCUGUGUCUAGUGGGAGCGUUGUCGGUUUACGAAAACACGGUCAAAGGAGUGGAGGGUGUUGUCCUAAAUCUGGCCAGGUUGCUACUCGAUCGUGUGAGACUGGGCCAGCUCAGGGGGGUCAGUGUACGUCCACGUCUGUGUGUGCGUCUGUGUGUACAACUGUUAGUGCGUCUGUCUGUACAUCCAGACCUGUCGGUACGUCGUCAACACUUGUGUGUAAUUCUGUGAUAGCAUCGCCUUCUGUGGGAAGUCAGGACAGCUACAGUGCGGGGGAUGUUGCGGGAACGAAUUCCGUGGGGGAUGUGGCAGGAACGAAUGCUGGGGGAACGAAUUCUAUGGGGGAUGUUGCGGGAACGAAUGCUGCUGAGAAAUUGACCAGAAGCCAGUCUCAGCUCAACACCCAAGGCCCUCCUGGCACUUCCUGUCGGUCCUCCCCGCGUACGUCCAGAGGGCCAAAACCGCGGGCUGGUGGCGUGUGUCGGCAUCACAAAACGCUGGAAACUAGCCAGUGGGAUUGUGCUCAGUGUUUCACCGCGCGGCCAGCGAGGAAGCCCAAGGUCAAAGCUCGAUUGUCGCCCGGCAGAAGACGCAGCCAGAGCCCGUUGCAGGAGGGUGCUGUGUCCUCCUCCGUGACCUCGCCUCCUCUCCUCGUAUCCUCCUCACCUCCCUCCUCGUCCUCCCAACCCCCCUCCUCAUCCACCCAGCCUUCCUCCUCAUCCUCUUCAGACGGGCCUGUGGGUCGGGGCAAGAGGCGGAAGGUGGCGGAGAUCAGGAGAGCCAAGAGUAUGCUGACGAGAUCGCAUCACGUCGCUGGGAAUUCCCCGAGGGACGCACCGUCAUCUGUUACUAUUCAUAGAUCGGUGUCCGACUCUGGACUGGUCGGGCAGGCUAACGAAGGGGGGCCCGGUGGUGCCAGGGACGAUGUGAGGGGCGGUGCGGGUGGGCGGGGGGAGGGGGCAGACGAGGCGGUCCCCAGCUGUAUGUGUUGUAGAAAGGCGUGUCAGCUCAGCGCGUUGUCCUUCUGUGUCGCUGGCCAUGGCACGUGCGUCACCUGCCUGGAGGCUCAGGUCAAGGCCGUUCUUACCGGAGAUGUCAAGCAAAAGAACAUCCAGUGCCCGUCGGACAACUGUCCAGAAAUCUUGGACUUCGCGGAGCUAAAGAAGACUUUGCCGUCGUUCGUGGUGGAGAUUCUGGAGACGAAACUGGACCGGGAAUAUGUCAGCUACAUCACCAACUGGUUCUUUACCAACGAACAACCGCUCAAGCCAGGUCCGAGUUCGCAUCCGAACCGAGCGCUCCGGAGAACCAAGAACCGGAGGAGGAUCAGCCCAGCUGUUGGUCGCCCAUGGAUCCAGGGGUGUCAGUCAUGAUCUUCGACGUGCGUCCCGAUUCGGAAGAGUUCAAGGACUUGAUGGUACGCUUCAGGGAAACUUUGCCGCUGCGACAAAUCGUCAAGAUUAUGCGCGUACAGAACACGAUUCUCUAUAAGUAUUUCUCACUGUAAGUAGCUCUGU